CACCGAACGCUUCUCAUUCCUUUCAGAUCGAAAUCGUGAAAAAAAAAAAAAAUGUCGAAAACCUGGGGACCAAUCGGCGCAUGGGCCGCCGAGGCCGAGCGCGAGGAGGCCGAGGAGAAGGCCCAGGCCGCCGCCGCCGCCGCCGCAGGCGCCGGCAACUUUCCCAGCCUGAAAGAGGCUUCCUCCACCAAACAGAAGAAGAAAAAGAUGACCUUGCAGGAGUUCAACAUGCAGCAGCAGCAGGUCCCCCCGCCCAGCAGGGGCCUGACCCCGGAUGAGAUGUUCCGCCUCCCCACGGGGCCCACGCAGCGGGCCCCGGGCGAGGAGUCGUCGUUCGGGCGGCUCGGCGGGGGGUUUUCUAAUUACGGCCGCCGCGAUCGGGAUGAGGAUCGUGGUGGCGGCGGCGGCGGUCGUAGAUCGUACGGGGGAUUUGAUGACGAUCGUAGGGGGGGUGGGCCGCCCUCUAGGGUUUCGGAUUUCGAUCAGCCGUCUAGGGCUGACGAGGCCGAUAACUGGGCAAUGGGAAAGAAAUCUUCUUUCCCAUUGCCCUCGUCUGAUUCGGGGCGCUCGAAUCGGUAUGGUGCCCUAGGUGGCGGUGGUGGCGGUGCUGGUGGUAUGGGCAUGUCUAGGGCUGAUGAGGUUGACAAUUGGGGAGCGGGGAAAAAGCCAAUGGUACCAGUUAGGUCAUCUACAUUCGGGUCGAAUUUUCGUGAUUCUAGGCCAGAGCCGGAUAGGUGGUCUAGAGGGGUUGGAUUUGGGGAGGGAGAGAGGGAGCAGCCGUUGGAAAGGCGGAGAUUGGUGUUGGAUCCGCCGCGAGGAGAGGGUUUAGGAGGAGGUGGGGUGGUUGAGCCGGUGGUGAAGACUAGUAGUAAUAAGCCGAACCCAUUUGGGACAGCAAGGCCUAGAGAGGAGGUGCUGGCUGAAAAGGGUUUGGAUUGGAAGAAAGUGGAUUUGGAGAUUGAGGCGAAGAGAAGUAGUAGUAGUAGGCCGACGAGUGAGCAUUCUAGUAGGCCUUCGAGUGCACAGUCGAGCCGGUCUGAAGGGUUAGGGUUGCAGGGGACAGAAGGAGGAGGGGGUGUGAAGCAGCCGAGGCCGAAGGUGAAUCCUUUCGGGGAUGCUAAGCCUAGGGAAGUCUUGCUUCAAGAGAAAGGUAUGGAUUGGAGGAAGAUUGAUUUGGAUUUGGAGCAUCGCCGGGUUGACAGGCCUGAGACAGAGGCUGAGAAGAACUUGAAAGAAGAAAUAGACCAUCUAAAGGAACUCGAAUCUUCUUCACAUGCAAACAGUGAACCCCUGGAAGGGUCUGGUGAGGACCAGACUACUUUGCAUGAUCAAAUAAUUAGUAGACAAAGGGAUUUGGAGCUGCUGAUCAGGGAAUUGGAUGACAAAGUCCGCUUUGGUCAGAAAGCCAUUGAGAGGCCGGGUUCUGGAGCAGGCAGGGUUUCUAGCUUUCAUGAGAGGCCCCCUCCUCAGUCAUUUCAAGAGCCCAGAAAUGUGGAGUUUAUGGACAGGCCUCGAUCACGUGGCACGGGAGAUAUGUGGUCAAGGCAAGGUGAUGAUAGAAGAUCUUUUCAAGGUGGCAGGGAAGGUGGAUUCCUAAGCAGUAGGGACAUGGACAGGCCAGGGUCAAGGGAUAGAAGAUGGUGAGCCUUCAGUUUGGCUGUGGAUUCAUUGAGUUCUCCCUUCUACUUUUGGCAAUUAGAAGAAAUAAUAUUUCUUUACCUUUUUAGUUUAUUUCUCUUAAUUUUGCUCUGAGGAAUGGGGCCAGGAUUUAUUUGACUAUUGCCACCGGGAACUCUUGCGCUGAUUGAUUGUUACAACUCUAAGCUUUGUAAAAUUGCAUUUUUUCGACUCUUCUCUAAAAUAUGUAUGAAGGUACGGUAUUGAACCGUUAUGUGUUGUCCUUAAGACUCCUAAUUGUGAUAUACAUUCUUGGCGUUGCGGUUUUGCAGUC